UCUGCGCGCUCUCUCUCGGCGGUCCUCGCGUCGCCACGGCAACCGGCCCAACAGGCGGGCAUGAAGAACAAGGAGGAGGCCUCCUGAGCCUCGCCGCGGAGCCUGGCUGGGCCGGGGGUCUCGGAGCGCCGCCUGGCCCGGCGCAAUCCGGGGCCAUGGUGACGGACUUUGACGAGAAGCACGACGAACACUUAGUUCUGCUCCAGCAGAGAAACAGGAUACUGAAGCAGCUCAAAAGGAAAGACCCGAUACAGACUCGGCUGGAGCAGCUGGAGCAAGGGUUCACUCUGUAUGUGAACGGAGCGAACUCAGAAGCAAGUAACCAGCGCAGGAAGGCGACUGCACAGCACAUUCCCAGGAGAAGCACCAGGACAACGAGGAGAAACUACAUCAAUGCAAGCAACCUGUUCAGAGAAGAGGGUGUGCAAGGGAGGGCCACACAAAGUGCACCCAGUAAGAUCCAGCGCCGGGAAUGGCUCCAGAAAGCAGUGCAGAUCAGAACUGAAAGUGGGGCCAGGCUCCACAUUGCCCCUCCUUCUGAAUACUCAGAGGACUUUGAACCGUAUGAAAGCCAAGACCUGCAAGCAGAGGACUGUGAGCAGAAUGGUCCUGCCCAGAGCCUUGUGUCCCCUGAAAGUGCUGUUUCUGAUGACGUGAUCCUCCUUGACUCAAAGGCAGGACAGAGCUUGAGCAAUGAUGCAGAAAAGGGAAGGUUGCGGCUCAGCCUCGAAGAUGUCAAGGAGCUCCGUCAGACCUUGGAGUUCACUGUGAGUCAGAGCAGAAUGGAGGAAGAUUCAUCAGAGGGAGAGGACACCGACUCUGUGGAGGAGGAUGUUCCUACUGAGCUCUCUGAGGAAGAGAGCCCCACUGAGAUGGCCAGAGAGGGCCUCGAGCCAGUACUCAGAAGCUCCCCCAUUUCCUCUGCCAGUGGAAGGGGCUGCGACACAGAAGGCGGCUCUCUGGUCACACUGGAAUUCAAGCCAAGCUGCCCAAACCUCAGGAAGGAGCGCUGCCUUUCUGCCAGAAGGAAGGGGGGCACCGAUGCCUACAUUCCUACCAAACCCAUGAGCCACACAGCCCACCCGCUGACCACUGAGUGCCAAUGCCAAGAACAGCAGGAACGAAGCCUCUCCCGGCCAGCGAGCCGAUCAGAAAGGCCUCUCUCUGCAAUCCGUAAGGCCUUCUGUGAGAAGAAGGACCCAGUGCUCUCAGCCUCCAUAGUCCUGAAAGCUGUGGCGGCAGAAAAUGAGACCCUCCAGAAGGAGCUGCUCUCCAGGCAGCUGGGGGCCGCUGCUGAAAUGCAGCCAGCAUCAUUACCAUCUGAGUCCAUGGAGCCCCACCAGCCUUUGCAGGAGCAGGAGGAGUUGAUCGGGCCGCUGGGAAGCAGGUGCUGGCAACAGAGGAAGCUUUUGAAAGUGCUGCAAGAGAUUGAGAGGCAGUCCAGCUCCCGUGGCCCCUCAGUUUGGGGGCCUGAGCAUCAAGGGUCUCCUAUUCUGGGCCUGCCAGAACCGGAACGGGAAAUCCCAGACGCCAUUUACAUCACGGUGGAGAUCCUCUCCAACUGGGGGGAUGCCAUGAGGGUGGGCCUGACGGAGGUGGAGUUCUUUGACUUGCAUGACAGGAAACUCUUUGUGUCUCCUCACGAUGUGGACAUCCGCCAUUCCGAUGCACCGGGAGACCUCUCCUCUCUGGUCAACAGGAAGCCAGAAACCAGUGGCAGCCGCUUCCCCUGGACCUGCAUCUUCCAGCCUCCGGUGCAGCUGUACUUUGUGGUCCGAAAUCCCAGCCUUUCAGAUGACUUUGGUUUAUCCAAGAUCCGGAUUUGGAAUUACAGCUCCCCUGCAUCUGCCGAUCUUGGGGUUGGAGCGCGGAACGUCCUCGUCUACAUUGAUGGGGCCUUGGCCUUUGAGGGUCCUCUGGCCAAAGGCUGCGUGAGUCCCAAGUUGGACAGUAGUGGCUGCACCACAAUCGAUCUCUUGGGAAGGGGUCCAUCUUCGGCAGGGAAGGAGACCCCUGUGGAUAGAGGAGUGCCUUUGGCUCCAGAGGCCUUGUUGGGGAAGGAUGGCCCUGAGGAGGAAGUGACCCCCAGUCACUCCCCUGUAGCAUCACGGGACCCCUCUUCCACCCCAGAGGACAGGAUCAACCCUUCACCAGGGACCUCUGGAUUUGUGGCACCUGAAGAGUGGGAUGGCCUUUCGCUGAGUGAGGAAAUGGAAAGGCUCUCUGGGAGGAAGCUCUCCCCGCUGCCCAGCCUGGUCUCCCCGCCUUGGACCCUGCCCCCUCCGGAGACCAAAGGGGAGAAGGGUCAGGGGGGGCCCACCAGGCCACAGCUGCCCCCCUGGAUGGAGACGGAUCCCCCUUCGGACCCCAGGACCCCAAGGAGGGCCCCCCUGAAGAUGGCCAGCCAGAGGCCCCAGGCCCUGCUGCCCGAACUGGAGAGAUCCAGCGGCGAAGCACCAGGCACGGAGGGAAAACUGCUGGUGGGGGGCCGUGGCCAGGAUCCCCUAGCUGAUCCUGAGCCCCUGGGCCCGCUGCCUCCCCAGCGCAGCCCUAUUGCAGAGCUGUUUCCUGUGGGACGAAACCCGGGCGGCCGAGGGAAGGAGGGACUGAGCUGGGAGUUCUUCUGUGGAGAGGAAGGCCAGCCUGAGAGAGGAGAGCCCCCUCCUUCCAAGGGGAGCAGCACCAGGCCUUCACGUGCCAAGUGGGGCAGCACUUCCCCGGAGGAGGCCCUGCAGGAAUCCUGGAACUCCCUCCUGAGGUUCGACCGCCUGCACCACGGCCGCAUCUCCAACUUGGACUUCCAAGGGGACAUCUUUGACGAGUUCCUCCUCCAGCAGAAAGCCGGCCGGCAAGGAGACCUUCGGGCCCGGGCUCCAGGAAGUGUGCAGGGGCCUUCCAGGCACCUGGAGGAGGAGGAAAGCCUGGGCCCAGUGCAGCAGCAGGAGCAGGGAGUCGAGAAGGAAGAAGAGGAGGAAGGGGGCGACUUCAGGAUCCCGCUCCUGCCAUUCGGGCAGCACCUGAAGAUAGAGAUCCAGUCGACCUGGGGAGACAGGCACUAUGUGGGUCUUAAUGGGAUCGAGCUCUUCAGCUCCAAAGGGGAGCCCAUCCCCGUGGCCCGAAUUGCGGCUGACCCCCCUGACAUCAACGUCCUACCAGCCUAUGGUAGGGACCCCCGGGUAGUGGGUAACCUGCUGGAUGGGGUGAACCGGACGCAGGACGACAUGCACCUCUGGCUGGCCCCCUUCACCCCAGGGAGGCCCCACUGCAUUUUCUUGGACUUCUCCAAGCCCUGUGAGGUGGCCAUGAUCCGUGUCUGGAACUACAACAAGUCCCGCAUCCACUCCUUCCGGGGCGCCAGGGACGUCACCAUGAUGCUGGACGGGCGGUGCAUCUUCCAAGGGGAGAUUGCCAAGGCCUCAGGAACGCUCUCCGGAGCUCCGGAGCAGUUUGGAGAUACUAUCUUGUUCACAACUGAUGACGACAUCUUGGAGUCCAUCUUCUGUUAUGAUGAGUCCUGUGAGGAGGAGGCUGAAGGCACCUCUAGCUUGAGGCUCGAGGAGGAGAUGAAGAGGCCAAGGACUGCGGAUGGAGAGGGGGACGAGAGGCCCUUCACGCAGGCCGGCUUCAGGGCAGAGGACAAGCAGAGCCAGAGGCAAGCAUCUCUGCAGGAUCCUGCCCCAGGGGUGGCAGCCGAGCCAGGCAUCUAUCUCGGGAAGUGCCUCCUGCUGAACUUCACUCUCUCCUGGGGAGAUUCCCAUUAUCUUGGUCUGACGGGGCUGGAAGUGGUCGGGAGAGACGGCCAGGCCAUCCCCAUCUCUGCGGACCAGCUCUCUGCCUCUCCACAGGACCUGAACGACCUCUUGGAAUACACUGAAGACUCUCGGACCCUGGACAAGUUAAUUGACGGGACAAACAUCACGACAGAGGACCACCACAUGUGGCUCAUCCCCUUCAGCCCUGGAGAGGAUCACUUGCUCACCAUCCAGUUCCCUCAAGCGGAGAGCAUUGCAGGGCUCCGCAUCUGGAAUUACAACAAGUGUCCCGAAGACACCUACCGAGGGGCGAAGGUUGUCCAUGUCUCUCUGGAUGGCUGCCGCAUCUCUCCGCCGGGGGGCUUCCUCAUCCGCAAGGGGCCCGGCAACUGCCACUUUGACUUUGCGCAGGAGAUGCUCUUUGUGGACUACUUAGUGGAGGGUCCUGACUUUCCAGCCUCUGAGCGGACAGAGACAAAUGUAGUGGAACAAGCCAGCAUGGAUUAUGAGGCUCCCCUGAUGCCUUGCGGCUUCAUUUUCCAAUUCCAGCUGCUGACCAGUUGGGGGGAUCCAUAUUACAUUGGCCUGAAUGGACUGGAGCUGUACAAUGUCUGCGGGGAGAAGAUCCCUCUUGGAGAAAACAACAUCGCCGCCUUCCCAGACAGCGUCAACAUCCUGGAGGGGAUCAGUGGAGACGUCCGUACUCCAGACAAACUCAUUGACGGCGUGAACAAUUCCAACGAUGGGAGGCACUUGUGGCUGGCCCCCAUCCUUCCUGGCCUGGUGAAUCGGGUUUACGUGAUUUUUGACCUGCCCACCACUGUCUCCAUGAUCAAGCUGUGGAACUAUGCAAAAACUCCCCAACGAGGCGUCAAGGAGUUCGGGCUCCUGGUGGAUGACCUGCUGGUGUACAAUGGGAUCCUGGACUCAGUAGGCCACUUGGUCCAGGGCAUCCUGCCCACCUGCGACCCGGUGGUCCCCUAUCACACCAUUCUCUUCACAGACGAUGAGAAGAUUUGCCGCCAGGAAAAGAGCAGGGUCAUCAGGUGGGCUGGAGACAUAGUUGCAUUUUGCACCCAUCACCUAUCUAUGAUUCCCCACAGGCCUCUGGCCACUCCCUCAUUCCCACUCUCCACUCCUGACCUUUUCUGUUGACUUGACAGCAACCACAUUGAGGACCAAGAUGUGCGGCUGAUGAAUGAAAACCAGGUCAUUUCCUCUUCCUCCCGAAAUAAACAAGCGGCAGCUGACCCAGCCCUGCGCCCCAAGACCUGCAUUCGGGACAAAGGACUGCUGCGGAGGCCCAGGCAGUGAGGGGAGGAGAAGCAGUGCUCUCGAGGAG